UCAGGAGCCAGCCACCCCUUGUCACCUCCCUGUGACAUGGAUUCGAGUAGCUCUGAGGAGUUCUACCAGGCUGUUCACCAUGCCGAGCAAACCUUCAGGAAGAUGGAGAGCUACUUGAAGCAACAGCAGCUCUGCGAUGUUAUCCUGAUUGCGGGGAAUCGCAAGAUACCUGCACAUAGACUUGUCCUCAGCUCUGUCUCUGACUACUUUGCUGCCAUGUUUACAAGCGAUGUUUGUGAAGCCAAGCAAGAAGAGAUUAAAAUGGAAGGCAUAGACCCCAAUGCACUGUGGGAUCUUGUUCAGUUUGCAUAUACAGGCUGCCUAGAAUUGAAAGAAGACACCAUUGAAAAUCUUCUGGCAGCUGCCUGCCUCCUCCAGCUCCCACAAGUAGUAGAAGUUUGUUGCCAUUUUCUAAUGAAGCUUUUGCACCCAUCCAACUGUUUGGGAAUACGAGCAUUUGCUGAUGCACAAGGAUGCACAGAGCUGAUGAAAGUGGCUCACAACUACACCAUGGAGAAUAUAAUGGAAGUUAUAAGAAAUCAAGAGUUUUUACUUCUACCGGCUGAAGAACUUCAUAAACUUCUUGCUAGUGACGAUGUCAAUGUUCCUGAUGAAGAGACCAUUUUCCAUGCCUUAAUGAUGUGGGUGAAGUAUGAUAUGCAGAGGCGAUGCAGUGACCUAAGUAUGCUACUUGCUUAUAUCAGAUUACCACUGCUUCCACCACAGAUACUGGCUGACUUGGAAAACCAUGCACUUUUUAAGGAUGACCUGGAAUGCCAGAAGCUUAUUCUGGAAGCCAUGAAAUACCAUCUCUUACCAGAAAGAAGAACUCUAAUGCAAAGUCCAAGAACAAAACCAAGGAAAUCUACAGUUGGGACACUUUAUGCUGUUGGAGGAAUGGAUAACAACAAAGGUGCUACAACCAUUGAAAAGUAUGAUCUCAGAACAAAUAUAUGGAUCCAGGCUGGAGUGAUGAAUGGCAGGAGGCUUCAGUUUGGUGUUGCUGUCAUUGACGAAAAACUAUUUGUCAUUGGAGGCCGGGAUGGUUUAAAGACAUUAAACACUGUUGAAUGCUACAAUCCAAAGACGAAGGCUUGGACUGUGUUACCACCAAUGUCAACACAUAGGCAUGGUCUAGGAGUUACAGUUCUUGAAGGGCCUAUUUAUGCAGUGGGAGGCCAUGAUGGUUGGAGCUAUUUGAAUACAGUUGAGAGGUGGGACCCUCAAAGUCAGCAGUGGACAUUCGUGGCAAGUAUGUCAAUUGCCAGAAGCACUGUUGGAGUAGCAGCAUUAAAUGGCAAGUUAUAUUCAGUAGGAGGUCGGGAUGGAAGUUCAUGCUUGAGUUCAAUGGAAUAUUAUGAUCCUCACACAAAUAAAUGGAAUAUGUGUGCUCCAAUGUGUAAGAGAAGAGGAGGAGUAGGAGUGGCUACAUGUGAUGGAUUUCUUUAUGCAGUUGGAGGCCAUGAUGCUCCUGCUUCUAAUCAUUGCUCCCGCUUGCUGGACUAUGUAGAAAGGUAUGAUCCAAAAACCGAUACAUGGACAAUGGUGGCUCCACUGAGUAUGCCUCGAGAUGCUGUUGGUGUCUGUCUCCUUGGUGAUAAAUUAUAUGCAGUAGGUGGAUAUGAUGGUCAAACAUACCUGAACACUAUGGAAUCAUAUGACCCUCAAACUAAUGAAUGGACACAGAUGGCUUCCCUAAAUAUUGGAAGAGCUGGUGCCUGUGUUGUAGUCAUCAAGCAACCAUGACUUUGUCAGCGCUGCUUAGGAUUUUACUGACUGUGAAAUAAUUAUUUUUCUAUCAGACAACAAGAAUGAUAACUUCCUGAGAACAAGGAUUUACACAGUGAAUACUCUGUUGAUCACAAACUUCAAGAAGUUUGAAAAUGAGAAAGAUUAAGGAUUUAUGCCCUAUACAAUCAUAAAAACUGUUUACAGUCAGUGAACAAGAAAAAAGUCAGUCUGUUAUAGGAAUAGAUAUGUGAAUACAAAGGAGCAAGUUCAGAUACUGCUCUCAAGAAUGUGUGCUGCAGAGCUGGAUAAUCAAAAGCACCGAAGGACAGCACUACAUAAGGAUCAGGAGGGAAUGGAAGAAUAGUUUUCAUUGCCUCGAGAGUUUCAACUGUAAAAACAUCAAAGUACAUUUAGUCACUUUAAAACUGUAAUUUUUAAAAGAAAUUAGUAGAAAAUAUUAUAGUAUUUUUCUGUUAAGGUCUUGUCUUCAAAUGGGUUAUGGCCUUCCCGCUUAGACAUGCAGUUCAAGGGAAGAGAAUUGGUUCUUACUAAAGUAAAGAGGUAGCAAAGUCUGAAUAUUCUACUCUCAUUCAUAAUGAUUAAGCUGUCUUUUUAUAGUCUCAAGAAAAGCAAAAUUAAAAUUAAACCAACAAAAAUAAUUGUUUUGGUAACUUUGGAUUGUACCUCCCUGUUGGUAUUUCACAUCUUAAAACUGAGUUUAUUGAAGGCGGAGCCCAAAUGUUGGGGCAAAUUAUGCACAGAAAAAGCAAAUCUUUAGCUGCAGUGGCGCUUUGUUGAAAAUGUGGAAGUCAAAGGAGCAGUUUUGUAGCUCCUUCUUAUUCCUGUAUUCAGUUUAAGCAUGUGGGCUCUGAUCACGCUGUUUAAUGCAUCUUCUGUAUGUUAAAAGCCCACGAAGGGCUGGAAACCAGAUCCUGUUACUUUACUGAUGAACUAAGGACAAAAGAGACCUGAGAAUCCCUUUUAAUUUAAAUUGACAGCUCCUCAUUAUAUUUCAGGAGGGAUAAAAAUACUCUUUUAUUUCUUUCUGAUGUUUCCACAUGCACAUCUCUGCCUGAUUAUGGCUACCAAUUUUUGAGUUUCCAUUUAUGACUGCGAAUUACUGCAGGUAGGUGAUUCAGAAUGUAUGGAAGUGGAGUAAGGCAAAAUUAGACCAUUUGCUCUAAUAAAUCUCACAUAAUAAAUAUAAUAGCAUCAUCUGUGCUUCCCUUUCGGAUUGAUCAUUUCUGGCAGUAAAGGUACAUUAAGCUUUUGCCUUGGCACGAGAGUUGACAUUAAUGUUUUCUGUCUGCUCAGCUGAAUCAGUUUGAAUCCUAAGACCAUUAAGGAAAUAGGAAAUUCUGUUAUUCAGGAAGGGCCAGGCUGAGACUAGGCCUACCAAAUUCAUGUAUAUUUUUUUCUUUAAAGCCUUGCUGACCCUUUAAGAAACAUUUCAUGGUCUAAGUAUAGCAACCUUACAGUACUCUGUUACUACCAGUUUUGGGGAUGAAUUGCAGUUAUAGAUAACAAAGCUUUCCUAGUGGAAAAGCUUUUUUAGACCAUUGCAGUUCUAAAGAUAAGUAGAGCUUUAUGCUUGGGACAUUUGAUUUGUAGAUGCAUCUCCUUUUAACAGCAGAACAGCAAUAUGCAGUAGGAAGAUCUUUGUUUCCUGACACAAACUAAACUUUGUUCUAACAUAUAAGUAUACUGUUGGGUUUUUUUUUUUUUUCUGCAUACUUCUCUGUAAUAUUUUGAAACCAGUUGUGAAACCUUUAGUAUUAGUUUUCCACAAUCAAUUGGGUUUUGAAUCGCAUUAUUGUCUCUUUCACAGACAAGCAUGUUCAUUUUCUCCCAAAUUAAAUCCCUAGAUUAAUAGAAGGUGUUUCCUCUCCACAAAUCUUGCCUCACUUAAUCUUCUGAAGGCAUGCCCACAAGCUUCUAGAAUUAUAAUUGCAAUUAAACAUGAAGAUGUUAAAAUUCAGUUCUCCUAUAUGGGUACAUGAUGAUCUUACAAAUUUGAUAUUAAUUCUAUUUUCAGAAUUUCCUUUGAAGUACAUUGUUUUCAUGCACAAUAGAAAUAGGAUUAUGCUACCUAUAUACUUACCGUCAAAAGAAUUAAAUUUAUUCAUAGCAAUGACAGAUAUUUCUUUUC